UGAACACUGUUAUAUUUUACAUAAAGAAAAACAUCUGCUCUUGCUACUUGCCUCUUCCUCUGUUUCGUUGAAAAAUAAGCACUUGUAGUUGGUAAUUGUGCGCAAAAUUCAACAUCAUUCCAAAGAAUUGUAUUGAUUUGUAUUGUGACUUUGUGCGAGGCCUAUAUAGUUGACUUCCCUCGUCAACUUCUUUGGAAGUUGCAGGUUUCUAUCCCUCAUACUAAUUUAAUUUUUGACCAGCUAAUUCACCGUAGCUCAGAAUGCCUCGUUUUGUCAGGUCUUCUUGAGUUUCAGAGGGGAAACCCGUAACAAGUUCACAUGCUUCUUGUACGAGGCACUGAAAGCCGAAGGAUUUACAACUUUCAUGGACAGAACUGCCAUACGUGUUGGAGAUGAAGUAGAUUCAACAAUCAAAGAAGGGAUCAGAAACUCUAUGAGCGCCAUAAUUAUAUUAUCCCAAAAUUAUGCCUAUUCUACUUGGUGUCUUGAUGAACUUGUUCUUAUCCUUGAACGCAAAAAGAACUCGAGGUACUUUAUUAUACCAAUUUUUUAUGAGGUCGAAAUUCGAGAUAUUAAACACCAGCUCGGAAAUUAUGGCCUUGCGCUUGAAAAGCAUAGGGCUAGGCACAAUGACAAGGUAGAAAAGUGGAAAGAAGCUCUUGCAGAAGUUGGUAAUAUUCUUGGACAGCAUGUAAAAGGGCUGCAGAGCACCUUUAUCCAAAACAUUGUAAAAUUGUUUCGAGAGAAAUUGGCUGCCAAGUUCCCAGAAUGCCGCCUUCCUACACUAGAAGGUCCAGGUUCACAAGGCAGUUCUUCAUCGUCAAUGUUGAGACCUAAGCCAUCCAACUACAAGGUGAUUCUUUACACAAUUAGUGUUAAUAAUGGCCUAGGUGCAAAUGGGUUGGUUAAGAAACUUCUGAUGAGUGGGAAUGUUAUAUUUGAGGAGAGAAAUUGUUCAACAGAAUCAGAGUAUAUGAGAGAGCUAGAAGAGCUGGUCGGUAAUGAGUAAUGACAGGGUAAGGUUCCCUAUGGUGAUUGUGAAUGGGAAGGACUUGUGCGGAGAAGAAGAGGUGGAGGGUUUAGAUGAUUUCGAGAACAAGCAAAAGCUUAUAUCAGUACUGAAUCAUCUCUAUGUUUCUGCAAAAACAAUAGAAAACCUUCAUGACAUGUUUAGUAGGAGUUUAACAUUUCAAAGUAGUAUUCAGGACCAGUGGAUCAAUAGGAGAUACUCUUAGUGGUUGUGCUACUUCUUUUCCUGCUCUUUACCAUGUUUCUUUUAAUAUAAAUGUAACUAGCUCUCAUUCUUUGACUCUUCAUCUUAUUUAGUUUUGUGUAUGUCGUUAGGCUUUUGUCCUUUUAGGACUUGCUAGGCGAGCCUAACUCCGGCUAUGAUACUACUGACAUAAGCUGUAUAGCUCCAUCAGGUGUAGGUGUUGGGCUUGCUAGGCGAGCCUAACUUCCUAACUCUGACUCUGCCUUUGAUACUACUUGUCGGGCUUGCUAGGCGAGCCUAACACGACAAUAG